AUGGUCAAAGAAAAACUGGCUUUUACCAAUCCAAAGAAAGCUUCUGCUCCCAACACAAAGAAGCCUCAACCCAAACAGCAGCAAGUUGGCCACCCAAAAGUUCCAUCAUCAUUGAACGGAGACGAGAAUAUUUCAGCUCAACUUCCGUCAUCACAACAUCAACCUCCAAUACUAGCUGAACCACCAGUCAUCACAUUGAAGUCAAAUGACACAAUCGGAGAGGAGCCUAACAAUGAGCUUAUCAACCGAAUUAACAAGGAAAUUAGAAAUUACAGAAAGCAAAUCGCAAAACACAAAAAACUUGGAGAUGAUAUCCAAAAUCAAUUAGACUUUGAGGUAGUAUUACCAACAAUUCCUGCUUCUCUCAACAAGAAGGAACUGUCUUUCGACGAGAGCAUUGAGAGAAAAAAGAUUGAUACUCAAAUUGAAGAAGUAAAGAAGAAGGAAAAGCAGCUAAAAGAAAUGAUUGAAAUAUUGGAAUCAGAGUCAAAAUCUUUGGACACUCUAGAGUUCAUUCAAGGCUCCAUGUCUAAAGUUUUCAAUGAUUAUGAAACUCGCCAGUCUAAAUUGGAAAAAGAUGUAAAACAAUUACAAAAGGAAAUCAAACAAAAAGAUCAACAAUUAGAAGAGGCACUUCAAGCAUUGAAUACCACAAAAUACCAACUUUCGAUUCAAGCAAAUAGCAAAAAAGAGAAUGUCACAAAGUUGUCCUCAUAUGAGCAACAGCUAAACGACUUGACUGAGGAAAAUCGAAGACUUUCUUGUCAAAUCAAGGAAAUUGAAUCCCUUAAAGAAGAAAAUUCCAGACUAAAAUCCGACAAUUCAGAUGUGAACAAGUCAUUUGAGAAUUACAAAAACGAAACUUCACAACAGCUUGCUACCCAGAGAAAUACUAUUGAGGAGCAAAAGAAAACAAUCCAACAAGGAGAAGAGGCAAUUCGAAUGCAUAUAAGCAGAUUUAACCAAGCUAAUAGCGAGUUAAUGAUGCUUAGACAACAAUACAUGGAACAAGAUAAGUUCGUAAAAUAUCAACAACAUCAAAUCUCAAUGAAAAUGGAGGAGAACAGCUCCAUUGUCAAAGAAAACAACACUUUGAAAGAAGAAAAUUCGAAAUUUACAAAACAGAUCCAAGAUUUGUUAGAGACAAUCAAGAGUUUAGAACUCACUGUUUCAAAUCUCACAAACUCCAACAAACAAGUUCAAGAGAAGCUCCAGAAAACGGAGUCAGAGUCGCAGGCUACUAUUCAACAAUUAGAAGAGCAGUUAAAGCAACGUCCAGUAGUUGCAUUCCCUGUAAAGUUCGAGGAGGAUAUUAUUAACGAUGCAAUGGACCAAAAGAGAGCAAAGGAUAUUGUAGAACUCAUCCAAGUUUUGAACUUUUUCAACAUUUCCCAUCCAGACUCCUUCGAAAGGAGGUCAAUGUUUCUUUCUGACCAAAUGGCAAUGAGCCAAUCUGGAAAAGAAGUUUCAAUUCUUACUCAUGGCGAUUUUGCUGCUCUAGACUCUCUCGCUCGUUCAUUAUUUGGGCAACAGCAAACUAUUGAUCACGUUGAAGCAUCCGUCUUGGAUGGCGUCCAAAAGUUAGAGAAGAUUUUAGAUCGAUGCGACAAGGAGUACAUCCUUGGCUUGUCCUACAAAGUGAUAGCUCAGCAACUAAGGGAGUUGGCAUCCUCACACAUUUACCUCUAUGGAAAAACACUGUAUCCAUACAUUUCCUCGAGUUUUGACAGUAAUCCACUUUCCUCCAACAAUGCCAUGUUCAAUGCUCAAGGCUAUAAUAUCAAGAUGGACGAUUCAAGCAUGUCCUCGACCACAAAGCUCAAGAGCAAUUUUAUGAACAGCGAAAUUACUACUUCUACCACCUCAACGACGUCACCCUCCACAAACUUUGACACCUCCUCCAACAUUAAUAUAACGUUAGAUGUACCAAUAAGCGUCACAACUUCUCCAUCCAACACUGAAGUUUCAAAGUCGUCGAAUUGGGAAAACGAGGCCUCUUUACUCACAGUGCCAAGCGCUCCAACAGAGCAAGAAAUUGGGCAACUAUCUGCUUCACCAGCUAACCCCAAUGUUGUGGAAGGAGAUGUUGCAGAUAGUAAUUCUAACAUUGAACCACCAAACGUUCCCUUAGAGAGCCAAGUACGAUUGUCACCCUCUGCUCCUUCUCCAACAGGUGAAAUUGAAGAAGCCGUGACACCAGCCACAAAUCCUAACACCAAGAAAACUACGAACUAUUCGAGAGGAAGAGGACGAGGCUCAUAUGGCAGUCGAGGCAGACAGAGAAAGCUUUUUGUGAGAACUGAAACUAAACAAUAA